CCCAGCUGGGAUCUGUUUAUUCUGAAGGUCGGCGGUGAAAAUUAGUCAUUUUAGUGGAUUUUCUCCGGGAAAUUGUUAUAUCUUGAUGGUCUUUGCAAUGCCGGGAUGCUAAUUUUGCUUUUGAACGAAUUUAAAGACCAUGGGGCGUGCAUAAAAGCGAUGAAUCCUCAAGCCUUUUGAAAAGCUUUCAUCACCAGCAUGAGCUUCAAACCUCCAAACGUGAAGCUUUUGAAGCUGAUCGUUCAUCAGAAAAAUUUUAGCGGGGAAGAUUUGAUCAUCAAUCCGAAAGAUUUCCCAACAAUUAAAAAGGGCGACAUUGUUGAGAUUUACCACCCUGAGGAUGAAAAAAACAGCAGGCUUUUGUUACAAGUCACAUCUUUCAAGGAGGACCUUCAAGGCAGAGAGACAAUCAGCAUCGAGCAAAGCAUUGCCAGUGCUUUCCAACUUAGAACUUAUGCUGAUGUUUGCAUGAACAUCGUGAGUGCCGAAGAUGUUGCCCUUGAUUCCGUUGAACUCACCUUCAAGGACCAAUACCUGGGACGCAGCGAUAUGUGGCGUCUCAAAAACACCAUGGUCAACACUUGUGUCUACCUGAACAAGAAGAUUGAAUACUGCGGUGGGAGCAUCAGAUGCCAGGUUUACGAAAUGUGGUCCUUUGGUGAGCGUGUGGCUUGUGGAGUCAUCAAUGAAGAUACUAAAGUAAUUUUUCGUUCGUCCACAAGUAUGGUGUAUCUGUUUUUGCAAAUGAGCUCGGAAAUGUGGGACUUUGACAUUCACGGCGACUUGUACUUUGAAAAGGCUGUGAAUGGUUUCUUGACUGAUUUGGUGCAGAAAUGGAAGAAAGCAGGCAGUAAUCACGAAGUCACGAUAGUUUUGUUCUCGAGGACUUUCUACAAGGCGAGCAGCUUGGAAGAGUUUCCUUUGUACAUGAGGGAGUGCCUUCAACAGGACUACAAAGGCAGAUUUUACGAAGACUUUUACAGGGUUGCCAUUCAAAAUGAGCGGUACGACGACUGGACAAGCACAAUUCAGUUUCUCCGCAAACUCUUCCCGAUCUACCAGCAGCAAGUCUUGGAAUACCACGUCCGACCAGGGGUUGCUAUACCCAAAGCAUACAACUCGACCGCUAGUCAGGGGAACUUCUUGGAAGUCUUGAACAUGUCGCUGAAUGUUUUUGAGAAGCACUAUCUGGAUAGGAGUUUUGACAGAACUGGUCAGCUGUCGAUCGUGGUCACUCCGGGCGUCGGAGUUUUCGAAGUUGACCGAGAAUUGACCAAUGUGACCAAGCAACGAGUCAUUGACAACGGCGUCGGCAGCGAUUUGGUCUGCGUAGGUGAGCAGCCUCUGCAUGCCGUCCCCCUGCUCAAGUUCCACACCAAAGACGUAUCGAUGAAUGCAGUCGACGACUAUAGUAUGCCCCACUGGAUCAAUUUAAGUUUCUACUCGACAAACAAGAAAGUGGGCUACUCUGAGUUCAUUCCACGCAUUAAACUGCCUCCGAAGCUGAACCAAACACAAAGUAGGCGCUCUAGUCAGUCGGUGCCCCAAACCAAUGCGAAAGUGGCCACGGAGGAGGACCAGUCUGGACUUCCUAAUGCCCUCUUUGAUUAUGAUGCGUACGAUGCAAAAAUCUUUCAAUUACCGAACAUGCACACUUCGGGGAGAUUUCCACAUUCUAAAAAAGUAUCCACUGGCACAAUGAACGAGCCCUACCUCAGCUACAUCUACCCUCAAAUCAGUGCAAAGAGAAAAAUGUCCGACCCUGAUGUGCACCAUCUUCAGAGUCCGUCGCCUGUGCCUGGACUUUCAAGGAUCAGAUCUUCUGCCAUCUCAAUUCCGAGCAGAUCCAUCGAAGGCUCCCCAAAUAAUUCCUUCCACAAUCUGCAGGACUUGAAAAAUUUUGCCAGAACGGUUCAAGACUACUCGCCUCCGAACCAAAGCAGAGCAAUCAUCGGCAGUGUCGGUUCCCAAAAUAUGAUCAACCAACAGGUCAAAAUGAGACCAGGUCGAGCUCUGAUCAAUCCGUUCGACCCAUCUCACGUCACGAUCAAGCUCACCUCAAACAGACGUCGAUGGACACACAUUUUCCCUAAAGGGCCAACCGGCGUUCUCAUCCAGCAGCAUCACUACCAGGCAGUGCCGGCAAAGUCGUUCAGUGACCACUACGACGCCGAGAGUGACGACAAGCAAAUUAAUGAAUUCGCGCCCAGAGGAUCCUUGUCGCUCGAGAUGCGCUCACUCAACUAUCUGAACAAACACUUUGGAGGUCAAAAUAGUCGCAACAUGACUCUUUUGUGGGGUGCAACUGGCGAGCAGGAAUGGACUCCUGCUCUGACAACCGCUGGAAAAGUUAUCAUAGGAGUCGACUGGAAAUCUCUGACCAUUCCGGCAUGUCUGCCAAUCACGACUGAUUAUUUUCCCGACAAAAGAAGCCUCACGAACGAUUAUUUCGUGUCCGAUUAUGAUUUGCUACCCGACGAUGUCAACUUCAGCUACGCGCAGCAAAGAGCGAUUUUCAAAAAGCCUCUGACUACCGUGGAAGUUUUCCGAGAGCUCAUUUCUCAGAGACUCUCUCAGGGAUUUCAACUGAUCGUGCUUCCAAACACGGAGAGUUUAGGAAGAACGGCCAGAGCCCCUUCCACGGAAGUCAAUCCACCGACUGGAAACCAGAUUGCCAACAACGCUGGUGGUUCUUUGAUGAGAUCAAAAUCCAGGAAUGACAAAGACUCGGAAGAAGAGUGUUUGCUCAGCAUUGGCAGGCUUUUCCACAAAAUCACUUUGACGGGAUCAACAAUUACAGUCACAAGAUAUCGACCAAGACACCCAUACCACCCGUUCAACAUUCACUACCGCUAUCGUUUCCACGCUCCAGACCAUUUAACUUAUGAGGUGUCUUGGGUCUCUUUUACUUCGGAAAAAUUGGAAAAUUACAACUGGAACUACAUGGACCACUACAUCUGCACCAGAGGCGACACAGACUUUGCCCUUCUCGAGGCUUUGAAAUUCUGGAGGUUCAGAGUCUACCUUUUGCCUGGAUCGCAUUCGGGGACAAAGAAGAUUUUGGAGGGCAAUUCGCACUUUGACGUGUACCAAGUGCAAACGCUCGACGAGCAAGCGCUUCUCACCGACGGAUUCAUCAGAUUCGUCGAGACCUGGGUCAACAAAAUCAAGCGGCCCAACACUUUUAAGAAAACGCGGGUACUUUCCACUUUGGUUCGUUGCUCAAAAUUUUUUGUAAAUUUUAAGCUAAUAAUUGCAGACAAGCGUUGUCGGGAGUUCCCCUUUCCGAGAGCGACUCGGCAGCAACCGAGUGAUGGAGAGACCCAGGUCGAGGGCCUGCAUGUCUCACCUCCUGCUAAUCGACCAAACGAUAGAGUCGUAACUCCCAGAUCCGGAUCCAAAGUGAUGGAGCGAGUGAAGACGGAAAAUACAAACAGCGGUCGAGUGUCACCAGCGAGCGAGGUUGCUUUCGAGAACGCAGAGACGCAUAAUGUGGAGAAUAAUGAGGAAAACACAAACACAGAAUUCAAAAGACUCGGCUCAACGGCAAGCUAUCAAGAAAUUUUGGAAGCAAUGAAAAACCCCAACUCUGGUCUCAUCUUCCUGUUUCUCAACCAAAGUUUGCCGCCGAUGACCUUCUCGAGCGCCGAUGCUGUUCACUGGUUGAUCACUCAUGUCGACGGCUUAACUACAAAAGAUGCUGCAGCCGAUGUUAUGCAGGGAAUGUUGAAAAAUGAGUUGAUUCGUCACGCUUCGGGCUCAAAAACUCAUCCUUUCAUUGUUGGAUUUUACCUCUAUUACAUUAUCGGAGACGAGAAAGUCUUGGGAGAUGCGAUUAGUUUUGAAAACGAGUGGGUCGAGGUGGAAAUCGAGCGGCCGCUGGGCUGGAAAGUUGACAACACGACACCGUUAUCGCCACCCGUUGCUAGUUUUUUGGCUGAUUAUCUUGACCACCAGGACUGCGGGGAAGAUUGGAAACGCCCCAAUUACAAACACACGCACUUGGAUAUUGACGUGGCCAACAAAAGUGAUCGGAUCGAAUGGGGCCAUGCCAAGUACCAGCCGGUUUUUCGAGCCGACAGAGCGUACGAGUUUUCAGUUCAGUGGGUUGCUGCGACUGGAACUGUUGUUUCCGACUUGGUCCUUGGCUGGGCUCGAAAAGCGCAACCGUGCGGCCUGCACAUGAUCCCAGUGCCCGCUGACCCUUUUGCCUUGCCCUACACUGAAAAGUCUGACCCGUUACGAGGCCCUAUUUUCGUUCCUCUGGACAUUGAAAAGUUGAUGGAGAACAGGAGUCAUCUUUUUGAAGCUUUCCCUGAGGAGGGUUGGAAGCAGAGGCUCUUUUUGCUCCAAGAUGCAAUUGCAUCCAGAUUUGGCUUCGUCUCCUGCAUCCUCGAGACACCCCCAGGCCAACCUUCGAGGCAGCCUCCCAUGCUUGGAGACCCUGUCGGCACUCCGAAUUUCUCGACUCCUACCAACUCGAGUCAGGCCAAUCCUUUUCAUAGGCAGUACAUCCAUCUGACUGGAAACGCCUUCAUCAUGAUUCCAACUCAGCCUUGUUGCCAGCCAAGAAAUGGACCCAUCAGGAUACAGACCAGCUACGGGUCUUCCAGGCAGAGCCGAUAUGCAUCUUUGCAGGACCUGCCGAUGUCUAGUCCUCACGAAGAAUACAUCACCCGGCAUGUCAGUGGCAAAAGCAGCCGAGAUGACUGUGGCUCGGACACAAGGGUUGGAUUUCUCUGGUCGUGGAACCACAUGAUCGGCCGACGCUGGAAAACUGCAUCAAAUCCAGCCACCGGGGAUGAAAAUUUCCAAAAUCGGCUGCUCAAAGACUUCCAGGAUUUUUGUUCCAAUGGUGAUAACAGACUCAAGUUGUUCUGGGAAAAGUGUUGGCAAGACAAAGAAAAAAUAUCUGCUGUUAACCCUGUUAAUUGAUUUAACCAUUUUUUAUAUUUUAUGUUAUACUUUUGCAAUAUUAAAUUUCUUGAUAAAAAAUUAUUGAAUCUUAUU